AUGAUUUUUAUCAAUGCUGUUAUAUGCUUUAGAAAUGUACAAGGAAUUAAUUAUGCGGUGAAAACAGAAUAAAGUCAGCUCGCUUUCAAACACCAAAUGAAAUUCGAAUUCAUUCCGCUCUUUACUAAACUUUUAGUCUGGGUUGUAAAAAAUCCAGUUUUUCUCGAAACUGAAAGGUUUUUAAGUGAUAUCACUCCAUCCGCUCUGUCCUUUUUUGUGGUAGCUCAAUUUGUAAUAAAAUAAAUAGCCCUGGGCUUUUUCAUUCACACCUCUGUAAUGGGUGGAACAAUAACUACUAUCUCAAUUUGAGUUCAAUCAUUCUCGAGAAAUCUUGCUUGAAAAUUUGCUUACUAUGCGUAUUUUUCCGUGCACUGCUUAGUAUCACAAUUUGAGUACACAUUUAAAGAGGAGUGCACAUUUUUCAGAAAAAAUGCCUAGUAGAUUAAUUAAAAGCAAGUCUACUGACGAAAGACAGUCGAAAACAAAGUCAGAAUUAGAUGGUAGCAAUUUUUCAUCCUUGUUGCAAUCUGGAAAAAUUGAUGAGGCUUCAAGAUUGAUUUCCAAAAUGUUAGACGUCUCGUCUGGCGGCGAACGAGUUCUCUCAUCCCUGCAAGACUUCCUUAAGGGUGAAAGAUUUGACGAGAGCUUGGAGAUGCUGACUUUGAUGGCGAACUUGAGUCAGCGUCAUCAGGUAAAACUGGUGAAGCUGUUCAUGUGUGGGAACACUGCACUGCACGUGGAAGGGGAAAGCGAGGAGAGUUACGCAAGAAGGCUAGUGAAUGACAUGGGAUUUGUGGAGAGGAUGAGAAUCUACUCUUUGGAGAUUUUUGUAUCCUUGGCUGAAAGGGUAGUCGCACUGAGACAACAAUCACCGCUGUCAGAAGUCAGGGAGAUGUUUGCUUCCUUCGUCUAUGCUGGUCUUCUGCAAGGCGACUGCUCGGAGGCCGUGUCUUAUCUGGACUGGCUCAAACUCACUCUUCAAACGGCGUAUGUUCAUCAAGUGACGUCAUCUUCAUCCCACAAACUCACGCUGAACAACUUCAGUCCAAAAGUGAAUGACUGGGCUGUCAUAGAGCAGGCUUUCAAUAUGGUGGAAGAUGAGAAAUCAAUCGUGUUUGUUCCCAUCACCAAUACACCAGCGACUGUUACAUUACUUGACCUCUGGAUGGUGUUUCGAGCCAACUUGCGCGUGUGGUCUUCAGAACGCGCAUCUCUGUUCAUUUCAACUUUCAUCUGUUAUUUCUCCGCUUUGUGGGACAUUUUGAGCGACAUUUUCCCUGAAAUCACACUUGUCAAACUGCCAUUUGACACGGAACUGUUCAAAACGCAGACUGCUAACUCUGCCGAAAAUGCAAAUAGCGAAAACGAUGGCGUCAGUUUUAUCAAUGAAAACCUUCACGUGAGUGAUAAAGUGACGUCACAAUUCAAUUCGUCUCUCGUCCAAUCAGAAGCGAGGAUUGCAGUUGAUCAAUGUUUGCGGUUUCUUGAGGACGUUGCGGAAUUUGUGUUAGAUGAUGUUUAUCAGUUCAAAAUGUCUCUCAAAAUGGCUGUGGAUGUUUUGAAGGAGUUAGAUUUGGAUCAAACGGAGCCAGUGCAGAAGUUCAUGGGCGUUUUGGCGAACUUUGUGAAUACAGAAGACAAAAUUUUAGAAGGAAUUAAAAUGAGCGCGCCUUCACGCCACAUUGAAAGACUUUGCAGAGCGUACGAUAGAUCUGACCAAUCAAACCGUGACACAAACUACGCCGCUGCAAUAACUCAAUUUUGGACACUAUGGUCGAAGUCAAAAGCUGUUGUAAUUGAUACAAAUGACUCCGCGUUUCCUGUUUCUGGAAGCGCUUGUCUGCUUCUGGAUUCAUGUGACGUUCCCAAAUUCGCAGUUGCUAUUUUAGCUCACUUUCUGCACGAACAGAUAGUGUGUAAUGGCAUCAAAGCAACUUUCGAUCCAAAUCCAGAUUACUAUCUCUCUCUCGCACUUAUUGUGUUGCAAUUUGGCUGGCCUUCUCUGGCUCAGUUCCAAAUUGGAUUGGAAAACUUCCUGCGACAAGAAACGCCUGAGGGGUUUAAAGUUGUGUUUAAACAAGAAACAUGGACUUGUUUGCUUGUUCCGCAAGUUAUUUCCAGCAUAACUCUUUUGGUUCGCAAAAAGCAUUUACGUGUUUAUCAACAAGAAAAAGACGCAAACGACCAGGAAUUUAUCCAACAACUUAUCCCAGAUGAAAAAGUAAUAGAAAACAUGGAAAAAUGCCUGAAAAAUUCUGCGAAUAUUGACAAAAAGACUAGAAAUUCAAUUCUGCUCAGUUUUUUGGUGUCUAAUUUUAUAAAGAGUUAAGUAUUUGUUUAGUCUUAAAAAAGAAAAAUGACCUACUCUUGAGGUUGGUAGGAGAAUAAGGUUUAAGUCACUUUGUAGCGGCCAGCCACUGCACGAGAUGGGGAUCACCGUACAAUCUCCCCCCUAAGUGACCUAACGUAGAAUGCCUUCC